AUGUCAUCAAUUCGAUGUUCUUUCUGGAGUAAUGAUGAUCUCUGUGGUGCUCGCGAUAAUUCAAAGUUGUGUGAGCCAGCCGUCAGUCUGCCUUUAGCAUCUCUAGACCGCGAUGUAACUCACCUUUUGAUUAAAGUUGGUGCUGGAGGCACCAAAACUUCAGCCUCGCACAGACUUCAACAUUUUCCUGAGUACAAACUAAUACUGAAUCAAGCUGGAAGGUGUGGUGUCGUGAAUGCGGAAAUCAAGAAGAUGACGAUUUGUCCGCGUCACCGCCGUAAAUUCACACGUUUACGAGAACUAACUGGACAAUGUCAACACCCUCUUCAUAAAGGUGAAAUUUCCAAAUUGAAAAAACCCAAGAAGGUGACAGCAGACAUUUCAGAGAGAAUAUACCAACAAACGAGGAUCGUGAUACCAAUCGCUGCCCGUAAGUAAUGCUGAACGUUUCUUGUUUGUCCUGAGUUAUUUUGGGAUAGCCUUGUAAUGAACAAAGUCAAAUUCUAUUUUCAAGAAUUCAAAUACCAUGGACCAUGGAAUAAACCUAAAAUCUGAUACAGUGCUCGUUUUUCUUUUCUUUCCAAAGCCAUUUGCAAGACCUGCUUUGACGAAAAGAUUCCAGAACUUCAUUUAACACCCGAAAGUGUAACUUCCAAAGAUCUAGAGGUAAUGUAAAUAUUGUAAUCGCACGUGUUCAAUCUCAAACAUACUGCAGUUGUCUUUCAGGGUGAAAAUAUCCUCAGCGCUGUUGUCCUUAACCUCAAAUACAGAUGAGUCAAAUUAACCGAGACUUUUCUUUACUCAAAUAAAAUAUUCCAGCGAUGAAAGGGGUGUGAAGCGCAAUACAACUCAUGACCCAAUGUCAACAAUUGCUAUUGCGUGACUAUUUGCUGGCAUUAGUAGUCUUCACAGUAAAGCCGAAGUAAGCUUAGAAAUAUUUUUCGAGACAAGUGAAUUUUAAAUACUUCAAGUAAAAUAAAGCUUGACACACAACCGAUUCUUUUUUACCUCAGGUUAACUUAAGGUUAUUUUCUCACGCAACGUAAUUAAGAUUGAUUGACAUGCUUUGCCUUUCCCAAAGCUCUCAAGUCCCUUGAGACUUUUGUUGAAUCGUUUCAACUUUCCGUCCUUAAUGAGAUGCAAAAUAAAAUUACUUGAGAUUUUACUUAGGCUUUCACACUCGCAUUUUGGGUUAAAUAAAACUUAGCAGCUCUUAAGAUAGACUGCGUAGCAGGCGCCGGUGAUUUUAGAGCGAAGGAAGAAAAUCUCGUGGACGCGCGUGUUCCCGCGGCCUGUCCAAGAAAAAACAGAAAAGAGAAGCCGACUCAUGCUAUGCAGGCUACAUCUCCGAAGUCUUACAUGACAACCUCGUGUAAAGACAACCACUGACAGAAAACCAGGUGCUUUUGUUUUGGGUCCUAGAUUUAAAAUUCCAAAUCGAACAUUGUAACGUUUUUAUCCUCUCUCAUCAGCUCUCACCUUUACAAUCAAUAUUUUAUUCUCAGGGCAGACAAGUUUUGUGUAGUGGAGGAGAGGAUCAGGAGGUGGAAGUAGUACUGAAAAACGUUGAUCAAGACAAAUCACUUAUGUCAGGUACCCACUGUCCGUCACUCUUAGAUUUUUCUCUGGAUUCAACUUUGGAAACAAGCUUUGAAUGUAGCCUUUACAUUGACGAAGCAGAAGAGUUGAAAAGAAAACGAUGCUUGCUAAGUGAUGCAAUUGUCCAAAUUUCUGAAGGUAGGGUAAGUCCAAUUCAAAGUACAUCGAGGUUACCAUGGCCUGAACUUGGUGAGCGGCAACAGGGUUAUUACGUGCGUAAGGCUAGAGAGGUUAUUGAAACAGCUUUCAACUGUCUCGCUCCUGGAAGUGAAGCCGAUUUGUGGUUUGCUACAGUGAAGUCCAUGCCGUUUUCUCAAUCAAAGCCUGACGACAUCGCAGAAAGGCUAGUGGAGGCUUACAAGUUAGCUGAUAACAGACACACCCGAAUGCAAAUACUAUCAUUGUUUGUAAAUGCAUUUAGCAAAAGCCAACUAAUGGAGAUUAUCCCAGGUAUUUCUAAACGACAAAUCGAUGAUGCCCGCAGACACGCCGACUUGAGAGGACCAGGAAAACCAAGCAAUGCUCCAGAAAUUAUUAGAGUGCGCCUUGAUGCAACGAAAACUGAUCACUUUCUAGAUUUUAUUUCUUCAUCUUCCCUUUUGCAAGAUGUAUCAUAUGGUACAAAGUCGUUGAAGUUGGAUAGCGGAGAGAAGCUUCUUAUACCAGCGGCAAUACGAACUUUGAUUCCAUCCCGAAUCAUCAAGCAAUACCAAAGCUACUGCGAGAGCGUAGCUUUUGAGCCAUACAGUGAACGUACACUCUUCCGGAUAUUGGAGGCAUGCUCUGCUUCAAAGCAGGUCUCGUUACAAGGACUUGAUUACAUCGCCACAGAAGGUGCGGAGGCUUUCGAUCAGUUGAAAUCCAUUGUAAACGUGCUGCAAGAUAACGGGGUCGAUGUCACCUGGGCAAAUUCUAUCAAACAGGAUCUAAAGGCUGGUAAGAGAUACCUCAAGACGGAUUACAAAACUCACACGGGCAGCAAAGAGAGAUGUAAAGAUCACUGUACCACGUUUUCGCUCAGUGAUCCGAAUAAUAGUGACUACUCUAGUUCAUGCAACCAUGAGCAUGAACUAUCCUGUCAUGAAUGUGCACGGCUUACUUGUUUAGUUGAAAAAAUCGAUGAGAAGUUAAAUGACAAGAACGUUUCCUUGACAGGAGAACAAAGGGCUAGAUCUCAGUAUGACCAUAAACAGGCCACAAAUUCCAUCCUCUUAUGGAAGGCGCAUUUGCUUCGCACAGUAGUCCAGGAAAAGGCUAAGCAAGACGUCCUAACUAACCUUAAUAAAGAAAGCACCCUUUUGAUCAUGGACUGGGCAAUGAAAUUUCUGCCAAUGAAGUUCCGCGAAAGGAUGGACGACUUCUAUGGUAAGCGUGGGAGAAGCUGGCAUGUGACCUGUUCGAUUAAGAGAGCUAGCAAAGAUGAGGACAGAGUUGAGGUGGACACAUUUGUUCACAUCUUUGACUCCUGUACCCAGGAUUGGUUCAGCGUUGCGUCAAUAGUCGAACACGUUCUUAGCGUAAUUAAGAUGGAAGACCCAUCCAUCACCAAAUUUUUCCUACGUUCUGAUAACGCCGGUUGUUAUCACAACACUGAGCUUCUCUUGAGUCUCAAAGCCAUGGGCGAAAGACAUGGAGUGGAGUUUAAGCGCUAUGAUUUCUCUGAUCCGCAAUCGGGCAAAGACGUUUGCGACCGUAGAAUUGCCUCGAUGAAAACCCACAUGCGACGGUGGGUAAAUGAGGGCCAUGACAUCACUACUGCGGAAGAAAUGAAAAUUGCACUUGAAUCUCAUGAAGGCGUUAGGGGAUGUCGUUUUGCAGUCGUUGUAAUUGAUAAAUCGACCCAAAAUUCACAGGUGAAAAAGAUCCCAGGUAUCAGUUACCUGAACAAUUUUAUGUUCUUUGAUGAUGGUAUUCGGGCAUGGAAAGCAUAUCAGAUUGGGGAAGGUCAUUUUUAUCCGUAUUCUUCCCCUACAACCAAUGCUCAAGGAGCUACAGCAAUAAAAGUUCUUAAUCCGUUUUCGUCACCAUCUAAUUGCUCUGGGGCUUCAGUGGCUGGACAUUCCUCCAUUUCGCCCGGCCUGUUCUCUUGUGAGGAAGAAGGAUGUGUUAAGAUGUUUUCUACCUACAAAGAACUUCAGUAUCAUUUAGAUGCGGAACGCCAUCUCUUCGUGGAGGAGCAAGACACUGCGUACGAUGUCAUCAAGAAAAAGUGGGCCAGCAUCUUAUCAAACGUAAGCUUACAGAAACAGCGCACUUUUCCAUCAAUGCAGGCUGGUAAUGAAGGCGUUUUGGAUUGCCAAGAAGCAGUUGAGGGAUGGGCGCUUAAGACCGUCCAAAAGUCAAGCCGGAUGUCUGAAGACGUUAGAAACUACUUAAUCCAAAGGUUCAAUGAUGGAGCAAAGACAGGCAACAAAGCAGAUCCAAAACAGGUUGAACAUGAAAUGAAACAUGUAAGAAACACGACUGGUGGCUUAUUAUUCCAACCUUUUGAGUGGCGUACCUCAAAGCAGAUUGCAAGUUUUUUCUCAAAUCUCUCAAAGUCUCAGCGUGCAAAGAACAUUGAUGAAGGAAACCAUGGUAUUGAAACUGAGGAUGAGGAGACAAACAUCCAGGACAAAAACUUACAACUGUUGCAGCUUGUCAUAGAAAGUCAGGUACAGGCAGAUCACCCAAUUUUGUUCCAGGGGCAUAAUUUAUGUCAUCUAGCUACAGAGGGAAAGAUCAAAACCCUUCGACUAGAUACACUGAAAAAGGCAUGUUUGUCGCUGGACGUAGAAGUUACUGGAUCCAAAGCAAGGAAGGACACUUUUGCUCUUGCACUAGACAAG